AUGUCCAUCGACAACAAGCCGCCGACCCAGAACCCGGGGCCGAACCCUCACCACCGCGACGAGAGCGACGACUCGACCGGUUCCACCCCGGAGAGGGAGCAGGCUCCUCCCAUGACGGCCGGCAGCGGCAGCAACAUCAUCAAUGUCUCGCAGGACGGCCAGCAGCCCAAGCGAAAGGGUGGCCGCAAGCCGAUCUAUGCAACCUCGGAGGAGCGCAAACAGCGCAACAGACAGGCCCAGGCCGCCUUUCGCGAACGACGCACCGAAUAUAUCAAGCAGCUCGAGGAGACCAUUCGCGUCCAUGAGUCCAACUUGCACAACCUUCAGGCGGCGCACCGCACCGCCGCCGAAGAAUGCCUGAUGCUCCGAUACAAGAACUCUCUCCUCGAGCGCAUUCUCCUUGAGAAGGGCAUCGAUGUUCAAGCAGAGCUUCAGGCCAAAACCGGCAGUCCCAACCUGGCGCCCACUCAUAUGCCACAGAACCUGGUGCAGCCGCCUCCCCUUCAACGUACAAUGAUGCACCGGCACCACGCGCGCAAGUCUACUUCCAGCAUUGCUCCCAAGACCGAGCCCGGUACUGGUCUGCCACCGCCUCUACAGCCUCACAAGACUGCGCCAUCACCAAAGAAUCGCCCAGCUCCCUCUUCUCAUUCGAAUUCCCCCAACAUGGCGAGCUCGGCCUUUUCUCCAGCGGCCUCGGAUACCAUGUCAAUGAGAGGAUCCAUCUCCGGACUGUCUCGUCAGCAGAUGACUCCCAUUUCUGUUACAACUCCGACGUCGAGACAGCCAAUGGUGCAACCAGGGUCGCGAGGAGCAAUGAACUCUGGUGCAUCAUUCUAUCCGACUCCAUCAUUCCAGAACCACAUCGAACAACUUGGUAAGGAAAUAAAUAGGCCCCGCUGGAUGAGCGUUGGUGCGUUACUUUGCUGGAUGCUAACCUGGUGCCGUACAGAGCAAGAAUACGAAGCCGACAUGGUGGAAGAUUCUGAGAUUGAGACGCCCAGUGGCCCGGGCCCAUACCCAGGCGGUUUCAACGGAGAACAGCAACCGAUGCUUCUCUCGCCAGCCUCCACGGGACCCGGACACCAGGUGGCGCCAGGCUCUCAGUAUCCCUCGAUGACGCAGUUGUUGGAUCAGCAGCCCGACUGGGAUCCAUUCGGGCUCAGUGCCAGCAUGGCUUUCCCCGGCCAGCCGUUUCAGUUUGAUCAAACUCAUAUGAGGUGA